AUGAAGCCAUCAGGCACUCCCACAACAAGCCGAAAAUCUGCACCAGCAAAAUUAACAACGAAGACUGUAACAAAACCAAAAAUAGCAAGGAAAUCUAAAAAACAACAGCAAGAAGAACAAAAUGGAACUGGUACAUCAACGCCCAAACAACAAAAGCCGAAAACCGAUAAAAAGACACCUGUUGCGAAACGAUUAUCGUCGGCGAAUACCACUAAGACAAAUACAUCAGCUAAGAAACAACCAUCAUCGUCUCAUCAAAAUGAUCAUGUGCCAAUAUUUACAGAACAAUUUUUAGAUUUAUAUCGUAAACAAAAACAAGAAGUUCGUCAAUUAAAAGUAACGUUAACAAAUUUAAAUGAACAAAUAGCGUUAAAAGAAGCUCAACAAUUAAAAAUAAAACAAAAGAACGAUAGAUUAAAACAAUUAAUGGCGAAAGAAAAUGAAAACGAUUCAAAAUUAAAACAAUUAAUGAUUACAAUUGAACAAGAUCUUAGAGAAUCGAUGCAACUAGAAAAUGACGAAAAUAUUGUAGAUCAUUUGAAUAAUUCUACAGAAAAAUUCGAAGAUUAUAAAACAUUAAUAAAAAAAUUAGAAAAAAAGUGGCAAAAAAACGCGCGAAAAAGUAACAUUAGCACGAAAAUAUGA